AUGAAAUAUUAUGAAAACGGGAAUCUUUAUCAAUUUCUUGACGAAUCGAAAGGUGUACUUUGUUGGCGCGACAUUGUUGAAAUACUUUGGUCAAUAUCCAAUGAGCUAGCGCAAAAAAUAAUAGACGGAAAAAGGCCAAAGAUAAGCAAAGAAGCGCCUAAGAGUUAUAACGAUCUUAUGCAGCAAUGUUGGGAUCAUGAUCCUUCAAAAAGACCAACAGCUUCGAAAUUAUAUGAAACAAUUGGAUCAUGGUUUACAAAGAUUUGUAAUGAUCCAACCCCUACCGAAAUUUCUAUUGAAUUUGAUAAAGCAGAAGGAAUAAAAUUUUCCAAACUCGAAAAAUAUGCAUUCCAAAGACAAAAAAUUCAUAACGAAGCUAUUUACACAAGUCGUUUACUAAAUUUCCCAGGGCUUCGGAGGCAACAGUCUUAA